AUGGUGAAGCCAAAAAGAACUAUUGAUUGUUUUUUUCAAAAAAAUGAUGUGCAUUCUGUGGCUUCCGCCUCUAAUGUCGAUGUUUCGAUUCAUGAUAACCAGCGUUCUUCAAAAUCUCUAAGAGUUGAACUUACAAAAGUUGAUCCUACCUUUUUAGAACGUGAUCCAGGAUUACGUCGUCAAAUAUGGGAUUAUCCUGUUGACGAACGUGAUGAAGUUCGACGAGCUUAUAUUAAAGCGAAACCAUAUCAAAUUGUGCUUUCAGUAUAUCCGCUUUCUGGAUCGGAAAAGCAUCGUCGUCGAUUUCAAUCAUCUUGGUUUAAAUUAUUUCCUACCUGGUUAGAGUAUUCUCCUUCAAAGGAUGCUGCAUAUUUGUAA